AUAGUUCUGGCAGCGUCCCGACGCAAAUCUCCACGGGCGUCGCGACGCUCGGUGAAGUUAUUUCGAAGAUAGUGGGGCAUCGCUCUAUUUCGGUCGUGCUAGCCAGGGCCGUUCAGUCUGCGGCCCGGCUUCCUUACCGGGAGGCUGUGAAUCCGUACUUCGGCAUUCGCCCCCUUUUCGUGCCCCGGAAAUUGUCGAAGAAAUGGCGAAGAGAUAAGCACGAACGGGUUGCAUUCCUCGAAUGCGAACGCACACUCGCGUUCGGCUUCAAAAGGCAACUUCCGAUCCAGAGAAAAAGGAAGGGAGAGAAAACCCGGUGUGAACGGAAACGCCAGCUGGCUACGAGCUGUCUUAUUGCUUCCGAGCUGAUCCUUAAUGUGAAUUCGAAGAGAGCAGUGUCACAGCAAUGUUCGCUUGGUUUCACAUCGACGUACAAAAAGUGGCAAUCAAAUGAAUUAAUUGAGCUUUAAUCGCAGUUCAGCACGGACCUGGUUUUAAUUGCAAAAAAAAGAUCGAACGAUCAUCGAAAGUUAGGUAACUGUUUGUACCGUCACUGAGCAUACUCAACGGCGCGAGAUGCAAGUUUACUAGAAAUUUUCAAGAAAAAUUUAUCGAAUCGGCAAGCACAUCGCAGGUGGUUAUAAAAGCCUGAAAGAUUUAACGUAUUCUAAGAGCGGCCGCAAGUCAUCGUGAGAACAGAGAUGUUUUGGAUCGAGCCGGACGAGGAGGAGGAGGCGUUGCUAUGCAGCCCCGCUCUGAUGGCCAGGCGGGCCUCGGAGUCCUGGAUCGUCGCACCUCCCGUGGAGGCGAUGCCGGUGGCGGCAAUGCCCCUCCAACGGAAGAAGUCACUGCCGGACGUGGCGCAGCCGAUCCAGCUCACGGCCACGGCACCAUUGUCGAGGGAAGAAGUCAGUAUCCUGAGCAGUAUGAGGAGGGAGGAGAUCCGCAGGCAGAUCGACGAGAGCGAGAGGCUCAGGGCAAACCCGCUUUUGUACCUGGUCAGUCCGCAGGUUAAAGACUGGUUCUCCCGGCAGCAGCUCGUGAUGCUGGUGCUCUUCAUCAACAUAUCUCUAGCUUUGAUGUUCUUCAAGCUGCUGACGUAGCAGCCAGCCGACGAUCGGGUUCACGGACUCGUGAACGUGGACGUGACCUGAGAGACCCGGUGGCGCCGCGACGUUUUGGGUCGUCACCGAGCCAGAAUUUCGAAGGAGAAACGGCGAUGUGGCCGCACCGAGAAUCGCCGGGAACGGCUUUCCACGACGAGCGAUUCCACUCGGUCUUACGCUACGAGGGGGAAUAUUUCGAUCGAGACCGGCGCGAAAUGGGGAAGACCUCGAAGAGGAUCAGCCCCGGCGACGAUUUUAUCGCGCGAAGGCGACUUUUGAACGGUCGAAUUUCGAGCGCACCGCGAGAAUCUAGAUGGUCGGAGGAAAGAACGGAGGGCAGCGAGACAUCGUGACGUCUCGCGAAGUGUACCCCGCUGGGGAGAGUCUACGAUGAAUUCGCCUUUGAAUGAAAUGUAAAUUAAAAGGGACUUGGGCGACAAAAGAGAAAGACGGAAAGAGGGAGAAGGGAAGAUGAGAAAAGAAAAUUGUAGAAGAGCUUAAGAAGAGUUUAAAGUGAGGAAUUUUGCAUUUUUGAACGUUUUUUUUUUUUGCACAUCGGAAACGGGAUUUAACGACCUGUCUAGAAUUUUUUGACAAGGCGCUUUGGGGAUUUUUGUCGCUCAGAUCCUUUUUAAUUGGCAGGCUGAUAUUUAUUGGACAAAAGUUUUCUGAAAAAAGAGAACGAUGGAACUCCUGGGCGCAGUUUGUCGUUUGCGCGAGAAGGAGACAUCGGCACACACACACACACACGUCUUUUGGAAAGGGCAGGGGGAGAGGCGGCAGUGCGCACUCCCGACGCCUGUGUAUCAUACCUAUUUUUACACCAAAUACUUUAAUAACGCUACUUGUAAGAAUAGGUCGAGCCCUCACGGACGGGCCGCCGAUCGAUCGUAUCCGACAUACGAAUCUUCUUCUCUAGUCAUAAAUUUUCCCUUUUUCUGACGAUCAGCUCGAGCGCAGUAACCGCGACGAUCGACUUUUCAACGAGCCAGCCGCUUUGCCCGAGCAGUCUUGUGAUUAAGGCUGGCGCUGUUCGAUUCGAGGCGGCAUUCAAGGUCGAAUUAUCCGAAUCGUAAUUACGGCUAUUUCUCCAAAGGUAGCGUUUGUUACUUAGCAAUGAUCGUAAUUGUAGCCGUGGUGCCGACGCGCGCGACAUAAAAAUUCAUUAACGCGCAUGCGAGCAUUUAUAGCGUUCCAUAAUGAUUGCGAUAAAUUUGUAAGAGUCGUAAGGUUUACGGUAAGCAGAGGAAGUACGUAGAAGGUAGUCCUCGAAUUUUUACGAGCCCCGCGAGAUUAUAGUUACAAUUACUGUCGUUGAGUAUCGUCGGUUGAGAUUCGAAUCGACCGAAUCAUCUUUCGUGUAUAGAUUACGGAAUUUCCCGCUAGAGUCAAGUGUACCAACCCGGUUGUUAAACCGCGCACAAGUUGAAGAGAGACAGAGAGAGAGAGAGACGCGUUUUUCCGCUAUAAAUAUGAAUUAGAUUUCAAUGGAAGAAAACGAAGGUUGACGCGCUUGUUUUCAUAUUUACGCACGAAACACUUUAUAUUCUGCGCCUAAGAAAAACAUUUAGCGCUGAAAACACGAAUGAUUCAUAUCGUAACAAUUGCCUCGCAUGCGAUCGCGAUAACACGCCGUUUUUCGUUGAGACGCAAAAUCGAGAGACGUCAACCUCUGUACGUAUAAACACAGCGGCUCUUAUCAACGAGUGUGUCUGUUGAGCCUCAAAAUUAGAAGCGGAUUAAACACGUGACUGUCACGACGCGACGUCUCGCGGACGUCUCGCGGUAGGAGACGAUCAUCCUAUGUGACUGUUAUUUGAGACGUAAUUAAAACUAACAUCGAAUGAUCUUUGAUCCACGCUAUCGGCGACGUUUAUCUCGUAUCUCGCGCAAACGCACAAAUCACGAGAGUUAUAUCUCCCGCGUUUCCUCUUCCACGACUUUCGCGACUUGAAUCCACGAUCGGCCUUCCUGCGCUCGAGCGACCGUAUUUUUUCUAGCCUCGAGGGCAUAGCUUGUAUAUCUCUAGGUAAAUUUGUAAAUAAUCGUGUAAACGACGAUUGCGAUUGCAGACUUUGUUCACACUACGCAAUAUCGUUCUCGCGCGCUCCCAGAUGUAAAAGCUUGGCCGGAUAAGCGAGGAUCACCGAAAGCCGAGAUCGUCUCUCAAGAGAUGCUGGUGUGACGAAACAAAUUUUUUUUUCUUUUAAUUAGCUUUAUAGAAUUUGAUUAUAUUUUUUUAACAAUAUUUAAUUUUUAAAUUAAUCGAAUAAAUAAAGCUAUAAUAUUGUCUUUCUAGGGAUUAGUAAUUUUCGAAUUUUGUAUUAUUCAGCUAUAAAAUUCAAUUAAAAAAAAAAGAAAAAUUUUAAUUCUAAUUUGACGAGGCGUUUUGAUUAGCCAUGAUGACAUCAUGCCUUAUACUCUGAGAGAAAUAUUUAACGAGAUAGAUCAAACGUUUAGUUAAAUAGUGAUCAAAUGAAUUUUAUAGCUAAAUUAUUAAACAUAUAAUUGUUUUGACCAAACAAUCUGUAAGCCUUAACCAAAAAAUUGUUUUUAUAUAACUCAUAACUUAAUGAUUCGUUAAAUGUAACUAAGUUUUUGGUAACUACAAAAUUCAUUUGAUCACUGUUUAACUAAACGUUUGAUUAAGAUUUUUUCCAGUGUAUAAGAACAGACACGGUGCGAUAAUGUAAUCCUUUCAAUAGCCCGUAAGCUGGUAUAAAAGUCACAGCAAGCUCAAUCAAUCAGACAAAAGCAGAUAAGAUAUGUCGUCAAAGCAUUUGCGCCUUAUUUAAAUAAGAGUUAUUUUAAAAUAAUUGUUUCGAUAAUUGAUUGGGCGCCGAUACAAAAAAAUAAUUACUAUAAAAGUCACAUGUAAUCUAUUUAAUAAUCGUUGUCUUACAGAAUUAAAAACUCUUUCACAUGUUCAAAAUAAACACAAGAAUAAAUAUGGAGAGACUCAAUUUAAGUUAAAGAAUAAAAAAUUAUAUAUGAUCUAUCUGUAAUUUUUUAAUUUUUCUCGUUCUUCUGCUUGAGUUGAGCCUCCCCGUCUUUAUUCUUGUGUGCAUUUUAAACAUGUAAAAAGAUUUUCAAUUCUGUAAGACUAAUUCGAAAGAAAAAUCGAACCUGUAAUGUCGGUAAUUCCGUCACUCAAGCAUCUCCUGAAUUCAAAGAUCUUGCUCUUGUUCAUAGCGAAAUUAAGCUUCUCUCCUAUUCCUUCGCUUUGACAGUGCCAGUGUAGCCAGUGUACUUCCGCGAGAGUAAAUUUGAUCAGCGACGUAUGCAUUCGCGUUCAAAUUACGCUCCGAAUUCAAAAACAUCUUGGUUCAAGCGCGAACGCGCGUCUCGAGGUUAAUACACUCGGAAAACUAUUUUAUUGUGACAUCAAUAAUUUCGUUGAAAUGUACCUAAUAAAAACUAUUUAGUUAUUUAGUUAACAUGAACAAAUAUUCUUUAUGUAAAUGUAUUUCGCAAAGGCAACUAAAUUUUUUGUUAUAUAACAAAAUGUUGAAGACACCACAAUUUUUCAUUUUGUUUUAUAUAACAAAUAAUCUACUUGCAAAAUACAUGUAAAUAAAAAAACAAUUGUUUAUACUAACUAAAUAUUUGUUUAUAUUAACUGAACAGUUUUGUUCGAUACAUUUUAACCAAAUUAUUUGUUGUCACAUUUUUCCUAGUGUAAAACAUUUGAUUCAUACGCAGCAGAACGAUAUUCAUAUUGAAGCUACGAAGAGCACAAAAGAAACAAAUUAUUCUUGUCUGCCGUUCGGACGAACCCGUUUACAGGAGUGUCAGAUUCGUAAUGCUGGGUUUACGUCUGGCAUUUAUCUCACGAUACAUGCUUGUGCCUGACAGUAACGUGGUUGUUUCGAUAUUAAGAACAAAAAAUUCUCUCCGAUAUUAUAUUCCUUCGCCUGUAAAUGUGGGUCUGAAACAUCCGACAAAAUAACAACUCUUAGCUUUUUCCUUCAUUCAUAUUUCAAGUUCAUUACAAAAAAAUUUUCCUUAUCAAAAUAACUAUGAAAUCGUCAACUACAAUGUCGACAGAUCUUCCAUGAAUUUUUUCCGAUUUCGUUUUAAUAAUUUAAGAUAAGGAAAAUAACAUCUGACGUGACGGAUUCAUGUGUACAGGCUAUGGGUGCUAAAAAAACGUAUACAGGAAGGAUAUUCUAUUUGAUAAGAAAGAAUGCUGAACAGAGAAAAAUAUGAAAUAGAAAUGUCAAACGUAAAGCCAGCGUGAUUUAAAAA